UAAAUUCCAGUUAAAUAUGUUUUCGCUUAAAAAUUCAUUGAGCCUGAAUAACUUUUUCGAAUUCGUCGAGUAUCAAAAUAUGGUGUAUAACAAGAAAACGAAAUCCGAAUAAUACAUAACUUCUGUUCUAGUGUAAUGUUGUGGCUUUACGUGUUAGCGGGCGUGGCGCUACUGCCGUGUGUGGUGCAGCGCGCCUGCCCCGCUCCGCGCCCCGCUCCUCCCCCCGCGAGACCGCCCCCCUCCUCCGUCUGCAUGCACCGUAUACCCGACCCAAAUUUAAAUAAAUGCAAACGGAACUGAAGUGUCUAAAGUCUACAAAAUAACCCCACUUGAAAAUUCAGCUGAACCUAUGCUUGAGCUAUUUAGGGAAAGAAGGAAAAAGGUGUAUGUAAUAUAGGCUGAUUUAUUUAAAAGUACGGGCGAUGCGAGUAACGCGUAUAAGACACUACAAUCGAGGCAGCGCGCGCGAGUGUCAUUGCAAGCGUUGUCUGGGGUGCGCCUGGCUGCUGUGCUGCGUCACUUGCCGCUGCACCUGCACCAACGACAACUGACUGCUGCUAACACUGCGGAGAAGUGACGCGACCGCUGCGAAGAAGUGACCGCUGCAGAGAAGUGACGCGACCGCUGCGGAGACGUGACGCAAGUGCUGCCCUGUGAAAAAAUGAAGCGUGUUUUGUCCCUGCUGCUAGCUGUAGCCACGUACCAGGUGGCGGCUGAUUGCAAGAACUGCUUUAUGAGCAAGUCGCAGCGAACAAUGUUCCUAGCACACUCCGACGCCUGCCUCCCCCAGUCUGGGGUAGACCAGCAGACGGUAGACCGUCUCCUGCGGGGUGAGGACGUGGACAGUCCCCAGUUGAGAACACAUGUCUACUGCGUGCUGCUGCGCUGCAAGAUGAUUGGGAAGGACGGGAAAAUGCUGAAGACAGCAGUCGGCAGCAAGAUGGGGCGAAGGAAUGAGAAUCAGGAGAACUGCGUGGAUGCGGGUGAGCGUCCUGAAGACAUAGCGUGGGGCGUCUUCCGCUGCGGACAACAUCGCAAGCCGGUACACCAACAGUAGCUGUUGAUGUCCUCAACAAGAGGUGUUGAAGAAGCUAGAGGACUUGUAACCCUAUAUUCCCUAACAAUACAAACCAUAAUUAUAAGGAUUUUUGACAGAAAAGGGUUCUGGGUUAUAAUACUUUUUACAAAAAUCCUUAUAAACCGGUAUAAUAUUUAACAAAAUGAAACCGACAAUAUAUGUAAUUGCUAUUUAAAAUAUUCAUGAGGCAAAUAAAAAUAAUUGACACUUUUUA